AUUCGUUUAUAAACAAACAACUUUAACCGAUGCCUUAUUAACUACAAUCAUCAUCAUCAUCAUCAAUCAGUCAUCAUCAUCAUCAAUCAAUCAAUCAUCAUCAUUAUCAUUAUCAUCGUUAUCAUCAUUAUCACCAUCAUCACCAUUAUCAUCAUCAUCAUCAUCAUCACAAUCCCAUCACCAUCGUCAUCAUUAUCAUCAUCAUAAUCGUCAUUAUUAUUAUCAUCAUCGUUAG